CUACCUGUAUCUUGGGACCGCGUGCGUAACGGUACAAACACGGCGUACGGUGGCUCCUCGUGGCGGUGGUGCGAGCUACUUUCCUCUUAGGCGAGGUCGAGCGGCCGCAUACCACGAUCCGGAAUCGCGUCGUGGAAGCCAGUCGUUGCUCGAUCGUCCGCGACGCUCAGAUAGGGGGGAAAAAAGAAUCUCAAAGGAAAUUGCGACAACGGGGCGGGCCCGUGAGUUCGCGCGCAGUUUCGAAGCCAUACGCCCCGCGAAAUAACGCGCGCGAUCGAUCUCGCCGCCUUCAUUCCGCGCUCCUUGGAUUCCUCCCGGAACCGCGUGAAUCCUCCGCGCGGAAUUACAGUCACGUCACUGGAAAUUCGUCGCGCUCCUCCUUCCGGUUGCCCGUAACACAACUGGCCCGACCCUGCUUCUAUCAAAGGGAUAGCACAGCGACAUCCAGAGCACUGGUCAAUUGACGCAAAAUGACGGAUACUUUCACACAGAGGUCGACUUAACGCCGUUCCAAGAUGUACGCCGAGUGGCAAAAGGGUGAAUUGGUAUGGUUCGACCCCGGUGUCGGCCACGUGCUGCCAGGCGAGGUUCUGGAAUAUCACAGAGCCGCCAAUGUACUUUCGGUCCAAGCGGUGAUCGCCGGCAAGCCGCAAAUCUUUACUCUCACCAACCUGAGCGGAGUGAAGCCCAGGCAGGACUUAGGUCAAAAUGGCGUGGAGGAUAUGAUUCAGUUGACGGAUCUGAACGAGGCGUCGUUAUUAUGGAACUUGAAGAUCCGUUACGACAAGGAACUAAUUUACACGUACACGGGAAGUAUCCUCGUAGCGGUGAAUCCGUACAAAAUGUUCGACAUCUACGGACUGGACCAAGUGAAACUUUACGAGGGACGAAUCCUUGGUACACUUCCACCGCAUUUAUUCGCCGUGGGCUCCUCCGCGUACAGUCAGGUGACUGCAGCCAAUAACUCCAGUGCCAAUCAGGUGGUCGUCAUUUCCGGCGAGUCUGGCUCGGGGAAGACAGAGUCUACGAAGCUGGUGAUGCAAUAUCUCGCAGCCGUCAAUCGCGCGCCAAACAAUCUCGUCACCGAGCAAAUCCUGGAGGCGACGCCGCUUUUGGAGAGCUUUGGGAAUGCCAAAACGCCGCGUAACGACAACAGCAGUCGUUUCGGAAAAUACCUGGAGGUUCACUUCAGGGACGGCGCGAUCAUAGGCGGUAGAAUAACGCAAUAUCUUCUAGAAAAGAGUAGGAUAGUAACUCAGGCCUCGGAGGAGAGGAACUACCACGUGUUCUAUGAACUUCUAGCUGGACUCGAUCAGCAACUCAGGGAUAAAUACGGCCUGCUUACACCGGACAAGUACUUUUAUUUAAACCAGGGUGGAAACUGCGAGAUCGAUGGCAAGAGCGACGUGCAGGAUUUUAAGGCGCUCUUGUCGGCCAUGCAGGUUCUCGGCUUCUCGUCCGAGGAGCAGGAUACUAUCUUCAAGAUCCUAGCCAGCGUGUUGCAUCUGGGGAACGUAUACUUUCACCGGAAGCAAAUGAGGCACGGCCAGGAAGGCGUGGAAGUCGGUUCUGACGCUGAAAUACGCUGGGCGGCGCACCUUCUUCAAGUGAAUUCCGAUGGCAUCAUCCGAGCUCUUACCACCAAAACGACGGAAGCAAGGAACGAAAGAGUUUUCACAGCUUUGAAUAUCGACCAAGCCCUCGAUGCUAGGGACGCUUUCGCAAAAGCUUUAUACAGUUCGCUCUUUUCGUGGCUAGUCGCGCGAGUCAACCAUAUCGUUUACAAAGGUACGAAACAGACCGCUGCCAUUUCGAUCCUCGACAUCUUUGGUUUUGAGAAUUUCACGGAGAACAGUUUUGAACAGUUAUGUAUCAAUUACGCAAACGAGAAUCUUCAGUUCUACUUUAACAAGCACAUAUUCAAGCUCGAGCAACAGGAGUACGCGAAGGAGAAGAUCGAAUGGACUACCAUCAAUUACACGGAUAACUUGCCGGUUAUCCAUCUGAUCGCGAAAAAGCCAGUGGGGAUUCUUCACCUGCUGGACGACGAGAGCAACUUUCCUAAAGCGACGGAUCUUUCCUUCUUGGAGAAAUGCCAUUACAAUCAUGCGUUGAGUGAGCUGUAUUCCAGACCUAGGAUGAACUCCGCCGAGUUCGCGAUCAGGCACUAUGCCGGACAAGUUUGGUACAACGUAGAGGGCUUCUUAGAUAAAAAUAGGGAUACCUUGAGACCAGAUGUCGUCGAGUUACUGAUCAGCAGCAAGAUUUCGAUGGUUAGCAAGAUGUUCCAGCAUGUCAGAACCACUCAUGAAGCUAAUAAAACUAUGAACAAACCAAAUGGCAGAUUUGUCACUAUGAAACCGAGAACUCCCACUGUUUCGGCCCGAUUUCAUGACAGCCUCCAGCAACUCUUGGAAUCUAUGUCUCAAUGUAAUCCUUGGUUCGUCCGUUGCAUCAAGCCGAAUACUGAGAAGGCACCGAUGAAGUUUGACAUGCCUUGCGUGCUUGAACAAUUAAGAUACACGGGCAUGUUGGAGACGAUCCGUAUCAGAAAAACCGGCUACCCGGUCCGUCUUCUGUUCGGACACUUUGUGGACCGGUAUCGCUACCUCGUCUCGACCCAUUUGCCCAGGAGUGCGCCUAACAAGGAACUGUGCAGAAUAAUUUUGGACAAAGCAGCACCGAAAGAAGCACAGUCGCAGUAUCAGCUCGGACUCACGCGAGUGUUCUUACGCGAAUCGUUGGAGAGAUCUUUGGAAUAUAACAGAGCAUUGAUUCUGGAAAGAGCGGCCAUCACAGUCCAGAGAUACACAAGAGGCUUCUUGGCGCGCAGAAGAUUCCUCAACAUUUCACGAAGCACAGUUUUGAUACAGGCGGUGUAUCGCGGUUACCGUGAACGUAAGCAGUUCCGCGCAAUGAAAAAGGGUGUUAUGAUGGCGCAGAAGCUAUAUAGAGGUAGAAAGGAACGGGAGAGAUUCAAGGUGUUAAAAGAUGAAAUGGUGAAAAGAGCGGAAAUCGAGAGGGCCAGUAAGGAACGGGCAAAGGCGAAGCAGCAGCGAGAUGAGCAGGAGAGGACCUCGCGAGCUGUUGCUGGUGUAAACCAUUUGGAGAUUCCCGCAGAACUAGCCUUUAUUUACAGCAAACUCGAUGAUUGGCAACCCACACACACAGAGCGAAAUCUUCUCAAGGUUGUUGGCCAAGUCAUCCCGAUGAACUAUACCUACAAUCUGCCGCCCGAUAUCGAUCAGUAUCAGUUCUCGAAGUUCACCAACAUUUAUUUCAAGAGUCACAUCUUUGGGAUGAAACGCGAGCCGAUCAAGACUCCAUUCCUAGCGAAGGCUCGCGAUCAGGAUUACACUGAUUCCUUGAUGAUCUUUAAGAUGAUAUUGCGCUUUAUGAACGAGAGUAAUCUUAAUGGCAAACGCGAACAAGCGUUGGGCGACUAUAUCGUUAACAAGGGAAUUGUGAAUGAGAAACUAAGGGACGAAAUACUGUGCCAGUUAGCGAAUCAAACCUGGAAGAAUGAGAACGACGCCAACAAGGAAAGAGGAUGGCUGUUGCUGUCCAAUUGCUUGUCCGCGUUCCAGCCAAGUGCCACGCUCUUCAAGUAUCUUCUAAAAUAUGUCUCCGAUCACGCCUACGACGGCUAUAAGGCUUACUGCCAACGCAAACUGUUACAAGGCGAGAGAACGGUGUAUCGUAUGAUGAGUAAUAAUCAACAAGCAGUGCAUCAGGUACCCAGAAAUUAUCCGCCAUGCGUUCUAGAGUGGCGGGCCAAUAGAAAUCGCGUAAAUAUGGCGCUCAACGUUGGCUUUUACGACGGCGAAACAACCACAUGCGCAAUAGAUUCCUGGACGACGUGUGAAGAAUUGGCCAAUCUUGCGGUUCGAAACCAUGGGGUGGAGAACGCCGGCUGGACUAUCACACUUUGGAAUCAACUAGACGGUCCGGAUGCUAUCGUGACGGAGACCAAUGGCUUCGAUUAUGUAUUAGAUUUGAUCUCGGAGAUGGAAUUGGCACCAGCUUUCCCUGCCGCCAAACAUAUGUUCCUGGAACAACGCAAAAAUAGUCUGCCGCCUAUAAAAAAGCGAGAGCAUGCUCAAGUUAUUCGGGAGUUGGAACAGGAAAUGGAAAUCCCUAUUCUAAAAACCUUCCAGCCUCUAGAAAGAAAAUCAGUGCCAAAAGUAGUUGAUAAACCUGUCGAACUGGACAUCCAGGUACCGAGGCGGCCGGUAGUUCCUCCGCCGCAGCCACCCAUUACGAAACAACCCAUGCGAAAGCAAUCACACGAGGUCAUUUUGGAGACGACGGAAAUGGGAUUGUCGAGGAAAUCUGCCUUGAACGACCGCUAUUUCGAGAAAGAAAAGCAGCGUAGUCGAAGUUUGGACAACUUGCUUCAGUCAGAAGUCAUGCCUUCACCGGUAAAACUUGCCAAUCUCGGGCUUUCUUCAUCUAAGUUGAAUGAACGGUAUCACAGUUUGGAAAGAAUUGGUGAGACUCCGGCAGUCAGUAACGUUGAGUACAUGACGCGUACUGAGAUCACGCAAGAGAGGAAAUACAGUAGGGUCACAAGAACGACGGAGCCUAACAUAGAAGAGGAGGAUCUCACGAUUGAUUUUGAAUACCCGGAUAUUCAGUCCGUUAGUCAAACUGGAAGAUCGGAGGAUGAUAAGAGCUAUAUAAGGUCGCAGACCAGGUUCAUCAAGUCGCAAUAUCCUGGCAAACGCGCAGUGCCAGGAAGCCAAUCUAGUCGCGCUUACAUCGAGAAGAGUGAAUACGGAGUAAAAUCGUCUGCCAUGUCUGAUACUAGCGAGGCGCCUUCUUUAGCGUCGCACGUGCGACGGGUGAGAGUGCCCAGCCAAGCUUCCGACGUAGAUCAGUUCCUGGACGAACUUUUUAUGCCUGUAUUGGACGGUAAUCUCGACGAAUUAUCGGAUGCUCGCAGUUUGGCUGCUUCGAUAAAAGGUUUAUACGACACUACUCCAUCUGACGAUCAAACGGUUCUUGAGAAUCAACAAAGAAUCAAUAAACGAUCUACUGAAAACGCCACGGUCGAUGACUUCAUUGAAGGAAUGAUGGGAAGAAACGAAGAAACAAACAUCACCGCGAGCGAAUUGUCAAAAAGAAUCAAAGGAGGCGGCAAUAUGGACAUCCCUAAUCAAAACACGGCCUUCAACUUUAGCCCUAUCGCGCAGAGUAUGAUGUCACCGCCCAUGAUGAUGCCCAUGUUCAGCCCUACUCAGCAAGUUUCGUCCGCGCAGAAUAACAGCAUGAACAUGGGCGCGAGUUUUAUGCCUAUUCCGAUCUACAGCAUGCAGGGACUUAGCUUACCGCAGUAUCCCAAUUCACCACCCGGUCAGAGCAGCGACAUAAUGGCGUAUCAACAGAAUCUCCAGCGAGCCUUUCUGCAGAGCGCAAUGGCGCAAAAUAUUCAAAUACAGCAGCAGCUGCUGGCACAGAAUCAGGCUCUACAGCAAUUGUUGGUUCAAAGUCCACAGAAUUCAGCACAGCAACCGGUCUCAUUUAGAGAACCUGACGAUGGUGAAUUAUGGUCAACCGAGAAACGGGGAUCUUUGCUAACGUCUACUCCAACGAAUCAACGGCAGGAGACAAUGACGAUAAAGGCCCAAAUUCAUCGAUCUCAGAGCCCGCCCAGAAAGAAUGCUGAAGCCAAUAGAAAAACGAGCGUCGAUUAUGCGCGAAAGAUCAGUGUGGAUCGAAAGAUGGUAGAUAGAAAAGCCUCAUCGUCACAGGCGGACGUAAAAAGAUCUAAUUCAAAUAAAAGUAACAUACAGAACAAUUUUACUAACGUACUCAGUGAACUAAAAAAUAGAAAGAGCAGCGUGGACAGUAAUCCUUCAAUGAGCAAUAACAAAGGUGUUCCACCGCCCCCGCCGAUGCCACCGCCUUUGGAGUCUCAUGAUCCUUCCGAAUCUAGACCGUUCCUCGAUCCGUACGGCAGGGCAAAGACAGUGCGCAUCGGGAAAUGGAGAUGGCCACCACCUAGUGAUUCGAAUGAGAAUCAAGGACAGGAUAGUUUCAUAGAAUUCAAAAUGCGUCAGCAACAACAGCAACGCAAGAUAACGCCACAGUACCAAGAGUACGACCAAGGCGAAGGUGAAGCUACGACGGAAGGCGGCGUCGAAUGGGAAGAAUUCGAGAUUGAAAAUAUUGUCACUAACGAAGAUCGACCUAUAGUCGGGUCAACGACCGUGGCGAAGCACGAAAACGGAUACAAAGAAGAAGGGGAGAAGAAGAAAAAGAAAUCAAAAUCGGCUUUAGAAAUAGGCGCUCAGAGGCCAUCACCUGGAAGUAUAGGGAAGUUGAAGCUUAGCUCGGAAAUGAGACAGAGAUUGGAAAAGGUAACGGCGAAUCAUAGUGUGAGAUCCACGAAGACAACUGAAAAACCCGCUCUCCCGCGAGAAGACGGAAAGGUUAAACGGUUGGAAGAUAACAGAAAGCUUCUGUUAGAACAGCAAUUGGGUGGCAGAUGGGACGAUUAUGCUUCCACUGUUGACGAUACUCAAAGCGUCACUUCUAAGGGCACUACCGACAUGAUGACGCAAGCUCAAGUAGUAAGGACACAGAUCGAGAGAAUGGAACGACCUGUACCACCACCGCCGCCCGUCACGCCGCCGCAGCCGCCGAGUCCAAGAGGCGGCAGUGUAUACAGCAACAGCCAAUCCGGCGUACCUCAGCCGCGAUCUCCACCAGCGCCGAUUGAGCCGAAAACACGCGACUCCUUCCGCACGUCUCCGGAUUCUGAGAACUACGAUCAUUUCUCGAAGAACCAGAUGUUCAGCCAAAGUCGUGACAUAUUCGCUUCGCAGCAACAUUUGCGCGACGGUCACGACUAUCGAAACGACUUUGACAAAGCUCGCGCUCAGGACGCCAAGUCCAAAGACUUCUACGGCAAGGACAGCACUGAUCUGGCAAGUUCGAUACGCGAUCGCAGCUCCGACUUCGACUCGCGCCGCGAUCUCAACUCCGAGCUCUUUGACUCUAAGUACGCGUUCGACGGAUCAACCGGGAAGCGCGAUCCCUUCGGCAUGACUCGGGACGUGUCUCCCAAAUCCCGGGACAGCUUCGGAAUGCCGUCACCGCGUGACUUCGGCGUGGUUCCGAACACAAGGGAGUCCUUCACCGUCGCACGGCAAAGCUUCAACAAGCUGGACCGGGAUAUAGAUAGACGGUCGAGCGUAGCGUCGACCCAUCGCACCGACAAGAUGGAGAGGAUUGAGAUUGAGGAGUGGCCAGAAUUUCUGAAACCGGUGUUACCGCCGGCGGACAAGCCGGAGAUCGAAAAGGUCCAGGAGGUGGUAAAUACGAAACUUUAUCCGCAGACUUCCAAUGCGCAUUUCACGUAUAACAGGGUCACGUGGACUCUGAGAGUCAAGAAAGAGGUAUUUGCGCCUAACGAGACGCUGAACAGCCCCUUGGCAUUACACUUGGUGUUCUGCCAGGUCGCGUAUGACGUGCUGGCGACCUCCAGCAUAAGAAUCACCAAGGAGGACCGGCAAAACAUGCUGAAGCUGCUGGACAAUUACGGCGUCACGCUAGAUAAUCUUCAAAGCACGCAACACAAGAUCACGAUCAAAAAGAACAUCGUGGAUAUGGCAAAGCAAUGGCCGUUGUACUUUGCCCGAAUAUUUCCUGUAUCGAUUGGCCCACAGCAUCCGGAGACGCAACACGUGGCGAUAUCGCAUCAUGGACUUCGGCUGAUCAAGCGCGCGCUGAACGGCGAUCUAAUCAUCCUGGAGACCCUGCCGCUGGAGGACAUCGUCUCCGUGAAUUCUUCCAGAUCGGGCGUGUGCGUGCUGCAAAUUGCGUCGGGAGUUAGGCUACCCCUGCACACGAACCGCGCUCCUCAAUUGGCGGAGAUGAUCGGCAAAUACAUCAGACUGAUUGAUCAGAAAGCACAUCAUAGGAUCAAUCAUCACGAGAAUCACGUGUCCCAAAUCACGAAGACGAUUCAGUCGCAGGCAAAUCACACGAAUCAUAUUCAGUCCCACAAUCAUUCGAAUCACGUAAUCUCCGACCACGAGAAUCAUGUACCAAUCGGUCGGGUGCCGAACCACGUGUCGGCCGUCAACCAGGCGAACCAUCAGAAGAACCUGCAAAACCAACGGCUGAGCCCGAGCCAGGAGUGGCGGCAGCCAGAUGACAAUGUUCGACACCAAGAGGACGGCGUCUACGAGACCGGACCGGUGAUCAACGACGGCAAACAUUCCCUCCUGCAGUACGCCAUGCUGAACUUCCGUCAAAGCACAGAAAAAUUCGAAAUGUUGAAGACCGCGGACGGAUCGAUCAGCGGGUCCCUCAAGGUGAUCGAGUCGUUGAAGAACAAGAAGAAGAACAAGAAGGGCAAAGGCCAGCAGGACGGCACCGAGUGGACCUGGAAGGAACAGGUGGACCUCGUCAAGUACUCUACCGUCCCCAUCGAGCAGAGUUUGCUCAGGCUGGACGCCGAUCUGAGUCUUCUAGCCGUGGAGUGCUUCCUGUGCCUGAUGAGAUACAUGGGAGAUCAGCCAUUGCCACCCGAGACCAGCGAGGUCAAAUGCGUCUACACCGUCCUUAUGCACUGUCACAAAUACGAACAGCUGCGCGACGAGGUUUACUGCCAGCUGAUGAAACAGACUACCAACAACAAGAGCCCGAAUCCGGAGAGCUGCCAGCGCGGUUGGCGGAUCUUCAGCAUCAUCGCCGCCUACUUCACGUGCAGCGAGGGCCUCAGGCCCUACCUGAUGAAGUACCUAGAAACGGCGGCGUACGACAAGCGUCGCGCCUACCACGGCACCGCGAUGGUGUGCCUGCAGAACCUGCGGAAGACCGUGAAAUACGGCGGGCGCAAGAACGUACCCAGCGUGGAGGAGAUCAUGGCGAUCAGCGCGGGCAGGAACGCGAAGAGGCAGAUCUACCGGCUGCCCGGCGGCACCGAGCGGGUCAUUAACACGAAAUGCACGACUGUCGUGCAGGACGUCAUUGAGGAGAUGUGCAACGUCAUCUCCGUGAGAAAUCCGCACGAGAUGGACGAGUUCUCGUUGUACUGCAUCGUUGACGGCGACGCGUUCACCAUGCCGCUGGCUAGGGACGAGUAUGUCCUGGACGUGACUACGGAGCUCCAAAAAAAUCAUCAAAUGUUCUACCUGAUAUUUUGCAGAUCCGUGUGGUACUAUCCUCUGCGGUUGGACGCACCGUUGUACAUAGAAGUCGUAUUUAACCAAAUUGCUCCCGAUUACCUGGAGGGACUAUUACUAGUCCUACCUGGCGAACAUUUACCUCAGGAAAUAAUUUAUGACAUGGCGCAAAUUGCGGCGCUGUUGCACAGAGCGGCUGAUAUGACGCACGAACCCGCGACGAAGGAGAUUAAAUAUUUGUUGCCGAAACCAGCGCUCAGCCUGAGGGAGCCCAGGCCGCAACAGUGGUCGAACAUGGUCCAGCAAGCCUGGAACAACGUUCAGCACUCCUCGGCGGCUCUCUGCAAAGCGCAGGUGCUCGAAAUAUUGUCUAAGUGGCCGCUUUUCGGCUCGAGUUUCUUCGCGGUAAAGAGGGUGCCCGAGGGCAAGGAGAAGGGCGCCGAUCACAUUCUUGCUCUCAAUCGACACGGAGUGCACUUCAUAGAUCUGAUCACGCACGAGACACUGUACCAUUACCCCUACUCCGAAGUGAUCUCCACCAGGAAGGUCAAGUCCGAAGAGGGCACGCUCUACCUCGACAUGAAGUGCGGCAAUCUGAUGCAGCAGCGCAUCACUAGGCUGCAGACGGAGCAGGCCCAUGAAAUCUCACGCCUGAUCAGGCAGUACAUCACUAUGGAGCAGAGGACGACCAACGGUCAAGCCGGCAUCGGGCUCGGCAUGAGAUAAGCUUCCUCGCGACGCGAUGUUCCUCCUUCGCGACCGAUAUUUAAUAUCCACAACUGAUCAAUCUGCAGGGCAAUCAACCCUCGAUUAAUCUACUCAAUUAAUGUAGCACGAAACCGCGAGUAUAGGCAAAUACAAAUCACGAUAUUAUUCUUAAUAACCUGCGUAAUGACCAACCUUGUGAGGUUUGAGCUACAUCGGGUACCAAGUAGGAUAAGUCCGCUCCAACGUACCGGCUCGCAUUCCAACGGACGACGGCGCGGCUAAUUCGUCAUCGGGAAUAUUCGUAUAGCUCGCUGGAAGGAGGAAUCGUGAAACAGAAGCACGAAUGCUCAAGUAUCUAAAUAGUCCAUAUCGGAUGACUUUAAACUUGAUGGACUUGUAUAGCAUUUAUUUAUACAUUUUAAGAAAUUCAUUCAUAAAGAAAACAACAGACAAGGAAUAUAAUUGGUACUUUUAACGGUUUUGACAUUGACUGUGACGAAUAAACGCAAAUAUAGAAAUUACAUCUAUCAUGGCAGUGUAAUAUUAACAUUAAUGUUAACACGCGUCCUGAUGAGUGUGGAAGGUGUGACUAACCAUGCAGCGAUUAUAUAUGUUAUCAUCAGAUUAUUAAUAAUAAUUGUACGUAUAUGCAUAUAGGAGUACGAGAUGUGAACGAAGAUAUUAACUUUAUAUUGAAAUUUUUACGAGUAAAA